AUGACAGUGGCAAGUUCAUAUCGUUUCGAUCCACCUCCACCACGCCCGAGGAAGAAGCGGACAGUGGUUCGUCGUGACCGUGAAGGUGGAGCCGAGCGCCUCCAUCGCGAUUAUUUUUCUGUCGAGCCUGUUUAUGGGCCACAAAUCUUUCGCCGUCGAUUUCGCAUGAGCCGGGAGUUGUUUCUACGCAUUGUCAAUGCGCUAGAAGUCGAUCCUUACUUCCAACAACGUCCGGAUGCUAUUGGCCGCUUAAGCUUCUCCCCGAUCCAGAAGUGCACUGCCGCUGUUCGACAAUUGGCAUACGGAACUGCUGCUGAUUGUUGUGACGAAUAUCUCCGUAUAGGAGAGACGACGGCGUUGGAAUGCUUGAAGAAAUUCUGCAAGGCCGUCGUUCGUAUCUUUGGCGGCACGUAUUUGAGGUGGCCAACAACUGCCGAUGUGCAACGCAUCAUUGCAAUGCACGAAGCCCGCCAUGGGUUCCCGGGAAUGUUGGGGAGCCUAGACUGCAUGCAUUGGGGAUGGAAGAAUUGCCCCGUGGCUUGGCACAGCGCCUACACUCGAGGGGAUCAAGUCGCUGGGUCCAACAACAACAUCAACGUGCUCCACCAGUCCACGCUAUUCAACGAUGUUUUAGCGGGGCAUGAAGCGGCUGUGCACUUCCUCGCCAACAAUUCUCACCACACUCAAGGAUACUACUUAACAGACGGCAUCUAUCCGGACUGGCCGGUGUUCGUGAAGAGCUUCCAGUUUUCGAACGAUGAGAAGAAGCAGAGGUUCAAGGUGAUGCAAGAAGCUGCAAGGAAGGAUGUGGAACGAGCUUUCGGUGUUCUUCAGGCUCGGUGGGGUGGAAAUGCAAGUAAUUUUGACGGUGACGACGGCGAGGGACCAAGUUCUACUCCUCAAACACAAUUCAAUUCCGGAGCACCACCGGAGUUCGCCGCCUAUUUGGCACGGAAUGCAAGCUUGAAGGAUGCACGAUUGCAUGCUCGCCUCCGCGAUGAUUUGGUUGAGCAUAUAUGUGCACGCUUUGGUCCGGUUGACCCGUAG